UAAAGGCAGCCCGGUGUUUGGCUUUUGAACUGAGUUCAAGGCAAUUAAAGUCAUGGGCUAAGGAGUAAAGGAGGGGGGUUAAAAAUACCAGCAUAAUAAGUAGUAUGACUGGAGUGCUCUGCAAAUUAACUCAAUUAGACAAAGCCUGAUUUAACGGGGAAGAUGGUGAGAAGCGCUACCCUCAUUAAAUCUGGCUGUUAGAGGCACUUCUAUAAAAUUAAAUUUGUUUGAGUUGUUUGGAUCACAUAAAAUAGUCUGUGCGUGUGCAUGUACACACGUGCACAUGCGUGGGUUCUGUGAUUUUGUGGGUAUUUUUUAAAGAGGAGAGGAACAGACCGCAAAACAAAAAUAUACAAAAACAAAACAAAACAACAAAAACAAACAAAAAUAAAAAACGGAGUGAAUGCUCAAGAGCUCGAGUGGAAGACAAGAAGAAAGCAGUAUAGGAGGAGAGAGAAAGUUCCCAGAGUGUAAAGCCAUGCGCUCUCUUUGGUGGGGGCUUCUGCUCAGUUGGCUGGGCUGUGGAAUGCUGCCCGGAGCCCGGGCCCAGUUCCCCCGAGUCUGCAUGACGGUGGCCAGCCUGGUGGCCAAGGAGUGCUGCCCGCCGCUGGGUGUGGAGCCGGCCAACGUCUGUGGCUCUCAAGAGGGCCGGGGCCAGUGCACGGAGGUGCAAGCCGACACCAGGCCCUGGAGUGGUCCUUAUGUCCUGAGAAACCAGGAUGACCGAGAACGGUGGCCACGGAAGUUCUUCAACCGGACCUGCAACUGCACAGGAAACUUUGCUGGCUUUAACUGUGGAGACUGCAAGUUUGGCUGGACUGGUCCCAACUGCGAUCAGAAGAAACCACCAGUUGUUCGAAAGAACAUUCAUUUUUUGACCCCUCAGGAGAGGGAGCAGUUCUUGGGUGCCUUAGACCUCGCGAAGAACACCACACACCCUGACUACGUGAUCACCACGCAACACUGGCUGGGCCUACUUGGGCCCAACGGGACCCAGCCACAGAUCGCCAACUGCAGCAUUUAUGAUUUCUUUGUGUGGCUUCAUUAUUAUUCUGUUAGAGAUACAUUAUUAGGACCAGGACGCCCCUACAAGGCCAUUGAUUUCUCACACCAAGGACCCGCCUUUGUCACCUGGCAUCGGUACCAUUUGUUGUGGCUGGAAAGAGAUCUCCAGCGACUUAUUGGCAAUGAGUCCUUUGCUUUGCCCUACUGGAACUUUGCCACUGGGAGGAAUGAGUGUGACGUGUGUACAGACCAACUGCUUGGGGCAGCAAGACAAGAUGAUCCGACUCUGAUUAGUCAGAACUCAAGAUUCUCCAGCUGGGAAAUUGUCUGUGAUAGCUUAGAUGACUACAACCGCCGGGUCACUCUGUGUAAUGGAACCUAUGAAGGUUUGUUGAGAAGAAAUCAAGCAGGAAGAAACGGUGAGAAAUUGCCAUCCUUAAAAGACAUAGAAGAUUGUCUGUCUCUCAAGCAGUUUGACAAUCCUCCUUUCUUCCAGAACUCUACCUUCAGCUUCAGGAAUGCCCUGGAGGGGUUUGAUAAAGCAGAUGGAACCCUGGACUCCCAAGUGAUGAGCCUUCAUAAUUUGGUUCAUUCCUUCCUGAACGGGACAAAUGCUUUGCCACAUUCUGCAGCCAAUGAUCCCAUAUUUGUGGUCCUCCAUGCCUUUACUGAUGCCAUUUUUGAUGAGUGGAUGAGAAGAUUCAAUCCUUCCGCAGAUGCUUGGCCUCAGGAGCUGGCACCCAUUGGUCACAAUCGGAUGUACAACAUGGUUCCUUUCUUCCCUUCGGUGACUAAUCAGGAAUUAUUUUUAACCGCAGACCAACUUGGCUACAGCUAUGCCAUUGAUCUUCCAGUUGAAGAAACUCCAAGUUGGUCUGUGACUCUCCCAGUGGUUAUGGGAAUGCUGGUGGCUUUGGUUGGUCUUUUUGUCUUGCUGGCUUUCCUUCAGUACAGAAGACUUCGCAAAGGAUAUGCGCCCUUAAUGGAGACACAUUUGAACAAGAGAUACACAGAAGAAGCCUAGGAUGCUCAUGCCUUACCCCAGAGAAGAGGCCAGCCACGAAGACCUUGUUGCUGAGACCCUGACAACAAGCUAAUCCUCACGGUUCUUCCUUUAGCUAAAGAUCUUUGGCACAGCUCAUUCUGUUGUGAUGAUCCCAAACACAGACGAUGCUUAGCUGUAGUUUCUGGUUUGCUUUUCUGUGUAACAGACUGAAGCUGAAGUGCUUGAGGCUAUCUCUACCAUCAAACAAAGGUAGAGCUGAAGAUGUGUGCUAUCUCAUAAUAGUUCCCCAUAUGGAUUUAGCCUCCUCAGUGUUUUGAGAACGUAAAAAAAAAAAGUUGGUUGUGUAGAUUUAUUGUAAUAUUAUGGUUAGUGAAAUUUGUGAUUUGGACAAGAUUAUGGUUCAAUCUUUCUCAGCCCAAGUGUCACCAUUUGUAAUAGGGUUGGGUAGGGAGUGGCAGAUGCCACAAUGGUCUCUAAGCUCCCUUUGAACUACAAAUAUCUAUGCUUUUAGGUGCCUUUCUGAUUGUCUUCUUGAGGCUUAUUUUUCUUCUUUUCCUCUUCAGCCUUUAAAAUGGCUGAGAGGAUGAAAAUAGGCCUUAUUUUCCAAGUAAGGUAGAGAAUAAAUGAAUGAAUGAAUGA